UUCCCCAAAGCCUCACACUGUCAGUAGUUUCCUUUAAAAGGACCCAAGGCUGUGUCUGCUGAAUAACUGCUGUACGCUGCCUACCAGCUUCAGUACGCUGAGAAUUCAGCAGAAUUCAGAGAUAUUACUGGAAACACCCUAGACAGCACCCAUUAUUGGACUGUAUGUGAGUUAGUGAUACUGCGCCAAAGUGGGGGUCUGUAAUUAUUUGUAGUAGUGGUAGAAUACGGGAAUUGUUUAUGGUCCUGCUGAAUUUGUGACGGGUUAACAUUAAAGGAUAAAAGGACUGGGGUGUGCAUUUCCCUGCUUCAACACUGUUUUUUCUGGAAGCAAGGGGAAUUGUGCAGUCAUGAAGACAAGCUGCAGACUUCGACUGCUGGGUAUCAUUGUGGGAUUGCUGCUCUGGUGCUGUUCCUUGGCAGACAGUUCUUGUGAAGCUGGAUUCACCUUGUUAAAUGGUUCAUGUACUGAUAUUAAUGAGUGUGAAGGAAAUAGAAGACUCUGUGGCAAGCACGCGGACUGCAUCAAUCUACCUGGCUCCUUCAGGUGUAACUGCCAUCCUGGAUACAUGCAGUACCAUGAGAAAGAUACAUGUGAUGAAUUAGAUACUGCAACCAAAGCACCAAAGACCACUCCAGUACCAGAUAUGAAUGAGUGUGAGCUAAAUAUAGGACUCUGUGGCAAGCACGCGGACUGCAUCAAUCUACCUGUCUCCUUCAGGUGUGACUGCCAUCCUGGAUACAUGCACCGCCAAGCCAAACAGAUAUGUUUUGCACCGCCAGCAAAGCCCACUCCAGCACUCGUCACUUCCACCCACAAAAUGGCGGACAGCACUACCCGAAACAACUCAGAAACCUCCACCCUGCAGGACAGUGGCUUACACACAACCGAAUUAAAUCCCACAACCAAAGUACCACCAACACAGACCACUCCAGUACCAGACAUUGAUGAGUGCGCCCAAACCCCCUGGCUCUGUGGUCCGAAUGCACAAUGUACCAACACUGUCGGCAGCUACACCUGCUCCUGUAAUCCUGGAUUAUUUCCUAAUACUGGAUUGAGAUGGAUACUCAAUCAAACACGGUGUGAAGAUUUAACAAAGAUCCAAGAUGGGAAAACCUGCAAUAUUCCAAUCAAUACCGGGACAUCGAGUCACCUAAAAAGUUCCUCGGCCUGGUUUUGUCUCAUCACUAACUUCAAUUCCAUUAACUUUACAUCUGGAUAUCAGCUGCAGCAAGUGGCUGGUGUUUUAAGCUCUGCUCUGAAUGACAUUUCCUUGUGGAGUAACCUGACCAGGGAUGAGAAGUCUGUUGCAGCUGAAGCAUACCUGGACACUGUAGAGAGGGCAAUGCUACAGUUGACUGAGCCUUCAGAUGUUCUCUUAAGGAAAAAUGUGCGCUCAGACAAUCUAGAUAUGGAGUUGCUGAUUAUACCAUUCAAACACAACACGUCAGAGGAACAGUUACGAGCCAAUAAAAAUACACUGGAGAUUAAGUUGGGAAAACUUAUGGAAGAGAAUAAGCAAGAUCAGAUAACAGUUGGGUUUGCCUCAUACACUGGGAUGGAGUCUGUCUUGGAUGGGAGCUUUUACAAGAAUCAAUCAUCUAUCCAGUUAAACUCACAAGUGGUCACUGCCACUAUAGGCAGAAAUCACCACAAACUUUCAGAGCCAGUCCAUUUAACCUUCCAUCACAAUGAGUUAAGGAAAACCAAAGAGGAGGUGAUAUGUGUCUACUGGAAAUACGAAGGGAAGGAAAGCUCUUGGUCCACCGAAGGCUGCACAAUGUUACACUCCAACCAAACACACACUGUGUGCAGCUGUGACCACCUCUCCAGCUUCGCUGUAUUAAUGGCACUAGACGAAUCACAGAUGCAAGAAAAUGUUGCCUUGACAGUGAUCAACUACAUUGCAGUGAUCGCAUCCCUGGUCUGCCUCAGCCUGGCUAUCUUUACAUUCCUAUUCUGCCGUUCGAUCCAGAAAGCCAACACCACCAUUCACCUGCACCUGAGUGUCUGUCUCUUCCUGGCUCACUUCCUGUUUCUAGUUGGGGUGUCCAGAACUGAAAAGAAGGUGCUGUGUGCAGUCAUAGCUGGGCUCCUGCACUACCUCUUCACAGCCAGUUUUGCCUGGAUGUGCCUGGAGGGAGUGCAGCUCUACCUGCUGGUGAGAAACCUGAAGGUGGUGAAGUACAGCAGCAGGCAGGGGCUGCGAAGGAGGUACAUGCUGCUGGCUGGGUACGGCUCUCCUGCUCUCAUCGUGGCUGUGUCUGCUGGAGUCUUUCCAGUGGGGUAUGGGACCAACAAAUUUUGCUGGCUGAGUCAUGACAGAGGAUUUGUCUGGAGUUUUCUUGGUCCUGUUUGUGUCACAAUCGCUGUAAACACCAUUCUCUUCAUUGCAAUUCUCUGGACUUUAAGAUCGCAAAUGUGUGGCCUCAACACGGAUGUGUCCAAAGUGAAAGACACCAGACUUCUGACUUUCAAAGCCAUUGCGCAUUGCUUCAUCAUGGGCUGCAGCUGGAUCCUGGGAUUCUUUCAAGGAUUGGAGUUCUUCAGAUUUGCGUUUGUCAUUAUUAACUCACUGCAGGGUCCCUUUAUUUUCCUGGUGCACUGUGUGCUAAACCAGCAGGUGAGAAUGGAGUAUAGGAAAUGGUUUGGACGCAUCUACAAACAGAAGGACAGCUCAGAACUUACAUCUUCUACAGUUCCAAUGGAAAUCAUAACGGUAUCCGCAGCAGAGAGCAAUAACUGCAGCUCUACGUGCAAAGGAGUACUUGUGGAAUGGAGUAAAUAAAGUCAGUAGACAUCACUGUUAAUGAAUGGGUGCCUACGAGGUGGGAAAUUGCCCCCUCUGAAAUGCAACAUUUUCAUUUUGGCAAAAAUCUGACUUUGGUUUUAUAUAUUUAACCUUGUGUAGUACCAAAAGUUUGAUAUGCCUCUUAUUACACUAACUAAACAAAAAAAUAAUCACAAGCUUCCAAGACCUCAAAGGUCUCUUCUUCAGGUGGAAGCAGGAAAGGAUUUUUGAAAGCUUGUGAUUCAUUUUUGUUUUGUUAGUCCAUGUUACAAAGAUGGCUGUAGUGGUGAACAGAAACACACAGAGUGAAUACAGGGUGAAGCUGAGUCGCAAUGGCUGCUCUCAGUAUUUAUUAAAGAAUAAACGGACAGUGAAACAAACACACAGACUUAACAAAACACAAAACAAAAGGGCACAAGGGCCAGAACAAAUAGACAGACAAACAAACGGUGGACAAACACUAAACAAACAAGUAUCGUGCUGGUCUUCCAGCACGUUUAGCAUUUAUUCAUUGUUUAAUUAUUUUCUCCUUCUCUCUCCCGUUCUCCACUCCUGAACACACAACCCCGAGUGAGAGAAACGUGUACCUGUAUACACAGUUGUGCCAGGAUUCAAGUACUAAUUAAUUAUUCACUUGAAUCCCAGCACCUGAACUCAUUUGUGCACUCCCUGUGCUCACAUACGAAUACACAUUUUAUCUGCAUGUGAAGUGAUUGUGCAGUCCCUGUGCGUAAAUACAUAUUACAACACUUGUGCUACAUAGCCCAAUUUAUAUUCUGUGCACCACUAUAUCCACAUAUAACAGACAACAUGAAACACACCACAUACAGCAUAAAACACAAAAUACACACAGGGGUGGGGGCACCCCACCACAGUACAAUCAAAGGGAUUGCAUCUCCUUCUCUUUGUCUAUCCUCUCUGGACUAAUAUAACUACCAUUUCAUCUAUCAGCGUAUAUUUCUGAAAAAUCAAACAGUGUUUUUUGCCCAAAUCUGCAAUAUUUUUAACUUUUCUCUAUUUUGAACCAAGCUGAUAUUUUAAAGGUGAUAACAUAAGGUCACAUUGUGAUAAGCUGCCUAUCCACAAAAUGCGAAUGUCUCCAUUACAUGCCCUCCUUCAUGGCACCGAUCCUUUGCAGGCUUUGGGUAAUUAUAGGCUUUACAUUCUAAAGCACUAAUAAUUCAUUAAGACACAUUGUUUAUUUAGCAAAUCACAAUUUUAGAGUUCAGCACAGUGAUUGGCAGCAAUCCAAUUUUUCAAUUUCUUCCUCACAUGUACAUGGGGUCCAGGUAAGGGUAAGCCUGGCUUUUUAACAGAAUUAUUGAGCAUUCAUGCCUGCAAAACUCAUUGAAUCAACUGGGUCAUUACUGAGCAUUCACACCUGCAAAACUCAUUGAAUCAACUGAGUCAUUACUGAGCAUUCACACCUGCAAAACUCAUUGAAUCAACUGAGUCAUUACUGAGCAUUCACACCUGCAAAACUCAUUAAAACAACUGAGUCCAAGAGUGAUGUUAAUAUAUAUAUAUCUAUUUCAUUAUGUGUUUUGUUUUUUUUUAAUAAUUGCACACAUUGUUCUGUAGGAAUGUGUAAGCACUGAACGUGCUUGGACUGAAGGUUUGACCUCCUCAAAUGUAUACACUGCCCCUGCAGGUGGGGAUGAUGUAAUCUAAUAGAGAUCAAGCUUUAAGUGAUGUCUUACUUCUGUCUGCACCUAAGCUUGGCAGCUGAUGUGAUGAUCCAAAGCAAAGCAGCAGUGCAAAUUAUAACAUGGUGAAGUCUAAAAUGACAGUAAUAUUUACAAUGCAAAAUUCCACACAUUAAAAUUGUAAUAUUCACAAUUCUCAACAAUUAAAUGUGAAUAGAAAUGGGAUGAAAUGACUAAGGAAGUAAAGCAAGAAAUAGCAGACUUCCCAGAAGGCAAGGCAAGGAAACAGGGAACUGCUUUUAACCUUGCGUAGUACCAAAUGUCUGUUCUAAAAUGAAAAAAAAUUUGUUUAUUAUCACUUAUUUUCUUUAAAAACUGCACAUUUGAGACCAAUGUAGCUAAUGGAAGUGCAAAAUGGGUAAGAUUUAUGGCAUGAUUUUGUUAGCUACAAUUACUUUAAUGAUGUACAUGUUGGUACAAAGGACAUAAGGGACAGAAAAUCUGUGGUAUUGAAAGAGAAUUUUAAAUAAUUAUAAAGGAAGCUGAAUGAGUUUGGAUGCUGAAGUAUGUUGUCAGGUUUAUUACCAGGAAAUGGUAGAAGGGAUGCGAUGUUCAGUAGAAUUAGGACCAUAAACACUUGGCUGGCUGGCUGGCUGGUGUUUGCAAGAAGGGCUGGGAUUCAUGAAUAACUGGGACUGCUUUUGGGAAGAACUAGAUACUAGGUGGACUGUCAGAGGCAAGUAGGCAAGUAGGCUAUCCGCAAAUAUUGAAAACCACUUAGCAAAUUAUUUAAACUAGGAACUGGGGAGGGAGGGAAUCUAAAGAGGGGUACACUGAGCUGAAAGAGGGACAAAUAGAAGUUGACUCGCUGGCAGUUAGUAAUCCCAGAGGUGUGUGUUACAGGAAUCCUAUCCCUAUUACUGCUCCUCAAUCACAUGCUCUUGAUUGUACCAAUCUACACCUGGCCUUACUCUUCAAUCUCUGUCUAAUAUAUUACUUACAGGGAUCAUUGACCCCGUAUAACCGCAUUCUUAGAUGACAGGAUGCGGGACUGCUAGUUAUUCCUGGGGUGAAUAAAAAUAACACGAGAUGAAGGGCCUUUUCUAUUAAAGCUCCUAAAUGCACUGCUGCCUUCUGUCAGGGAAGCUGGAACUCUUACUGUUUUUACAUCAAGAUUGAAAACUUAUUUUUACACAAUAGCUUUAUCUUAGUUUCCUAUUUUACAAUCCAAAUUGUAUUUUCUUUGUGGCCCUUUUCAUUCCAAUUUUUUAAUGUUUUUUAUUUUUAUUAUUAUUAGACUGUUUUUAAUUGUUCUGUUUUACAAACUGGCUUUUUAUUUUUUUUACUUCGAUUUUAUAAAAUGUUAGUUUUAGACUCUUAAUUGUUUUAUUUUUACCUUAGAUUUUCAAAUUUUACAAUGAAAACGUUAUUUUUCUUUAUACAAUGUUGUAUUAGACUUUAGUUUUUAAUUUAAUGAUUUAAUUGUUCAUAUUGUGUGUGUGUCAAGGUACUCUGGGAUCCUUGAGGAUCCGUGAUGAUAAGCGCUAUAGAAAUGUGAAUUGUAUUGCAUUGUAUUGUAUUUCAGAACGCCUCUGCGAUAGUGCAUGUGAUGAAAGAUUGAGGAGUACACUGUAUAUCAAAUGGACUAUGAAUAAUAGCCUUGUAAGGUAGCCUACACAAAUCUUUUCAAUAUCAGGCUCCAUUUACAACAGGCUUUGUGUCGCAGAACUCACUUGUAGAAAGGGGUACCAUAAACACUUUUGCAGAAUUAAGAUGAUUUACAAUUUUGUUGAAAAAUAUAAAAUAAUCAAGUAUGUAAAAAAUAAAGUUUUUUUUAAAUCCUCA